AUGCAGCACGAACCCCGAACGCACCAUGUCGCCCUCAAAGAAAAGAUAUUAGGCCCAAUCUCCAUCCUGGCGCCAUUCUCAGCCCUCAUCAUCUCCGUGGCACUCGUCAUCUUCUUCCUAAUCCGCUUCUAUAUCCUGGAGAACUUCCUCAUCCGCCGCGCCUACGGGGCAAUCUUCACAGAAAUGAGCGAGCUCAACCGCCGAGGUUUCGUCAACCACCACAUUGCUGGCGUCACCAAAAUCGUCAUCCUCAUCGUGGCCGCAUACCCCUUCAUCUGCGUCACCUUUGGCAAAGCUACGUUUCAGACGGCCUAUGCCCCGGGCUCGGUGGUCACAAUGGGCGAUAUCCUCGUCGUGGUGGCGCAGAUGCUGAUUGCCAUGUAUAUCUUUGAAUUGCUCUACCGGGUGAAACUAUCCCCCGUCGCGGUGAUGCACCAUGUCGGGACCAUCCUGAUCGGGCAGUCGGCUGUUGCUAUCAGUUUGAAGUCGCUUCGGGAACCGGAUGCUGAUAUUGAGUUCGUUCUUUGUACUGUCUGGGGUAUGGCUGCAUAUGCUUCUUCGUUUGGUUUUUUUUUGGAAUUAAAGUUGACCGUCGCUUCCUUCUGCUUAGGUGCCUUCGAUAUCAUCUCUGAAUUCUUCCCUCACGUCGCGAUCAUUCUCUACCGCGUCUUUCCAAAACGACACCAUUUCCUCAGUCGGGUCUUUCUCCUUUCUUGCUUUUCGACGGCGGUCGGUACAACCUGUGAGACUGUGGUCACUAUGUGGCUGUUUGGUUCGCUGUGGAGUCGAUGGAGACUUGCUUUCAAGGUUGUUACACCACUUCUGCAUAUUGCCUUUUCGGCGGCGCAGAUUCAUGGCAGUCUUGUUUUUUGGCGCAUGUACUGCAGACAAAAAAAAUACUUGAAGGACCAGUCCGAUGAGAUUGACGUCGGAAAGGAUCUGGAGAGGGAGCUGUCGGAGGUUGUGAAACCCGGCGAAGGUAGCAAGAAGUUUGGUAUCGCAGGUCCCAAUGAUUCAAUGGAGAUUUUUCAGAUCGACUCUGUUACUCCUAUGGUGCGACCCGCAUGA